GGGGAAGAGGAGGAAGCCUGGUUCUUUCCUGGCGCAACGGCAGAAAGGGGUUUUAAGGAGAGUGGUACGCUCCGCGUCAGGCUGGGUGUCUGUAGGAUUCCGCCCAGUGUUUGUCCACUCUCUUUGCUUUCCCCCCCCUCCUCUAUGGUGAGAGAGGCGAGGCGCCUCCCCAGCGCAUGCGCGGUGAGCGGAGACGCUCAGUGUCAGAGGGGAUGGAGGAGAUGGCGGAACCCAGCGCGGAGCCGGACGCGGGUCGGACCGGCGCUGGGGCGUCAGCGAUGGCGGAGAGCGUCAGCGAGAGGAGCGACAGCGAGAGCAAUGACAGCGUCGCAGGAGGGGAGGCCGCCGCUGCGUCGUCACCGCCGUGCUCCCCUCCGGCGGCCGGUGGGGGCGAGGGCGGUGGGGCGAAGCCGCUGAGCGCGGCGGAGUACGCGCGGCGCGUGCACCAGUGGCUCUGGGACUCGUACUGCGGGUACCUCAGCUGGCAGAGCUGCCUGCCCGCGCUCCUCGCCGCCUCCGCCGCCGCCUCCGCCGCGCCAGCCUGUGCCGCCGGCCCCCCUCGCGUCGCCGCGCCGCCGCCCGCUCCUUCCCCGCCGCCGGGGGCGGCCGCCGCCGCCUACUACAGCCCCUUUUACCUCUUCGCUCCGGCGCCAGCUCACACGGCCACCGCCGGGCCGGGGCCCCGCUCCGCAGCCGCCGCAGCCGCUGCCCCCGCUUGGCCGGGAGCGGCGGGGAGGUUGACCCCCCUGCCAAGGGCGGCUUCCAGCAGCGCCACCGGCACCAGCGGCAGCGGCGCCCCCAGGGAGGCGGGGCGGCCGGCAGGUCGGGAGUUCAUUAUCCCUUCGCUGGCACACAGGUUCAUAGCAGAGAUGGUGGAUUUUUUUAUUCUGUUCUUUAUAAAGGCAACCAUUGUUUUAAGUAUUAUGCACCUCAGUGGAAUAAAGGACAUCUCUAAAUUUGCCAUGCAUUACAUCAUAGAAGAAAUAGAUGAAGAUACGUCCAUGGAAGAUUUGCAGAAAAUGAUGAUAGUAGCUCUCAUCUACAGGUUAUUAGUCUGCUUCUAUGAGAUAAUCUGUAUUUGGGGAGCAGGUGGAGCGACCCCAGGGAAAUUCUUGCUUGGACUGCGAGUUGUGACAUGUGAUACAUCUGUACUUAUUGCGCCCAGCCGUGUGUUAGUCAUUCCAUCUUCUAAUGUCAGUAUGACAACGUCCACAAUACGAGCUUUGAUCAAGAAUUUUUCUAUUGCUUCAUUUUUCCCUGCAUUCAUUACACUGCUGUUUUUCCAGCAUAACAGAACAGCCUAUGAUAUCGUAGCAGGGACUAUUGUGGUAAGAAGAAAUGGAGUCAGAUGAUACCAAAAGAUGAGAUUUCCAGACUGGUUUUGAACAACCCUUCCCACCCCCGGUGAGCAAAGACCUACCCCAAAACUGAAACUGUGAGGUGUCUAUCAGAAUCUUUUGCCCAAAUUAAACGGGAACUGAUUCAGAAGCUAAAGAAAGUGUUUUGCUCCAGUAUGAUGCCAGCAGCAGAUAUUUUUUUCAUAAAUGCCAAAGAAGUUUGGGAGAAAUGAUACAUAUUAAAUCCGGAAGUAUUAACCUCUGAUUGAUGAGAAAGAAAGCGGCUGUAUUAACUGCAGAAAGGAGCUGUUCUGCUCAUCAGUCUGUGGAAAGCCGAUACCUAGAAAUAUUCCACCUUGAAAGAAAUGUUGCUCCUACAGUUUUGGAUGUUGGCAGGUAACUAGAAAAUCAAGUUGUUUUCCAAGCAGUUGCCCAAGUCAUAUUAUAAACUCUGAGGGGAAGAGGACUGCAGUAUUAGCCAGUAAGGCAAAUCAUGUUAAUUAAAUUGCCAUGUGCGUAGAAAGAGAGAUGAGCAGCGGUUAUCAUGUCCCUUAUUAUUGCUUCACAGAUCGUAUUACCUCACCUCUUUAUUUUAUCAGAACAUCGAUGUGAAAAGUUUUUUUGCAUGAUUGUCUCAAGCAUUGUCACUUACUUCACAUAUCAAAGCUAAUAGAGAGGUGAAAUAAUAGCUGCCUUUUCUCUGGGAAGGGUAUGUUACACUGCAGUGUUAGCGAAUUGGCGUGUGUAAAUAACUUUGGAGCUAUGAACAGUACAGAUGAUGCUAAUGAAAGGUAACUUGUUUGCUUCUGUUUGGAGUGAAAGCACUUGUCUCUUUCUUGCAUAAAAUACCAAGCAAAACAACUGAAUGCAUUUCAGGAGCAUGCAGAAAACAUUAACUGAAAUGUGUUAUGGGUGUAAAUCUACAGCAGUACAAAUACCGGUGAUUUUCACUUUAUAAUUCUGGCUAAUUGUAUAUUGAGUAACUUAAUACUGAAUAAAGAAGCCUAAUAUUUUGCAUGAUUACAUAGCUUUGUAAUUUGUUUAUUCUCAUGUUAUUAGUAUCUUGGGAAAGGAAUAUAAGCAACAAUGUUCAUGUUUUAUUAAAACUUGAGUUUGGAAUUCUU